AUACAUACACAUAAUCACAUGAAGGAACAAUAGACACACAUAGUAACAUAUGUGUUACACUUUUAUAGGUUAUGUUUAUGAAACGUUUUGCUUUGUUAGUAGAAACAUGUAUACAAGUUUCAAUAUUACAGCUUGUAAUUAUUGAAGCCAGCAAAAUAAUCUAUGACAGUAUUCGAGAUGUCUUAGAGAAUGUUAUGUCUAACGACGAAGCAGAAGUUUUCAAUAGUGCGGACUGUAUAGAACACCAAAUACUUAGAAAACUAAGCGGACAUCUAAAAAAUAAAAAAUAAAAAUAAACAGAUUUUAAGAAACGGACAUUCUAAGCAUAAAAAUUAAGGAAGAAAAUGUAAUAUCUGAGAUAAAAUUGCAGAAGCAAUAAACUCUACAUCUCCAUAAAACAAUGUGUGGGAGUCAGGAAAUUGUUUUAAUCUCCUGCUCUGUGUUAGCUGUCAUUUCCUUGUUAUAUCUUUGGAAUUUCGAUGAUAAUAAAAGGUCUGUCCAGGGAAUACUCAAAAAGCAUUCAGGAUGUUUUUCAAGACAAAACAACAGAUGUUUCCAAAAUUAUCUAAACAGAGAGGGGGAUGUGGAUAGUGAAGAUGUGCAAUGUCUAUUAAUUACCGUCUACCUCAAAUGUAUAUUUAACGGGUGUAACUAUAAAAUGGCGACAUUGAGAAAAUCCCUUGUGCAAGAUAUUGAAAAAGAUUUAGCUGAAUUGAACAUUGAAUGCGAUUUUCGAUUCAGGAGUUACAGAGCAAUGUGUGUGUAUGCUGAGGACGAGUGUAACAAGGAGCUCUACAAGAACAUGCGCAACAAUCAGGAAAUGGUUUGUAGUUAUUUUAGUGAAUGGUUCAAGUGUUAUUUCAAAGCUUGUCCAAAGUCAGAGAAGAAUCAGAUUGACAUCAUUCGAAAGAAAGAGAAUAGUCUUCAUGAAGCUAAUUAUAACUGCGAUUUUGAUUACAGGAGCAAUACAGUCACGAAAUAUGACUGCACGGAUAAAAAUAAUCUGUUUCAAUGUACCAGCAGAGAAUGCAUUCACAAAGACUUUAUCUGUGACGGUGUGAAAGACUGUACAGAUGGCAGCGAUGAGCAGUAUUGCCGAAGACAACCCAAAUUGACGCAGGAAAGAUGCGCACAUACGAUGUCUAGGAGACGGACAGCUCUAGAAGGUAGAAGAAGAAUUUCUCCACAAGACGUUAAUCACAUUCUCAAAGAAAGCGCAACGUAAACAAGAUUUAUGAUGAAAUAGUUUUAGUAACAACAAAUAUAGAAUGAAAUUAUUAUUAAAAUUGUGUUUUAUGUAUAAUAUUGUCCUUAUCAUGUACUGAGAGACUUCAACAGUGAUGCCUAUAUAUAGUAUUAUUUGUUGAAGUCC